AUGCCUGCUGAUCCCGAAGGGGGCAUGCUUGUACCCCAUUGCGAUGACGAUGAUUUAAGUAUCUGGUGCCGACAAAUUCUCAAUGAUGACCACUCUCAGUCCAUCAUCCCAGACGAGUUUCUCGUCGAUUCUCUGCCUGAUGACUUGCUGUCUUUUGACUUAUCAUGGACUACAACUCACGAGAGUCACCAUCCCUCCAGCCUCCCGGAUGUCUCUUCCCAGCCCCCGCAGUGUCAACGUGCCGCCGAAAUACGUUAUCCGGCCUACGAAAGUCUACCGCCCAAGAACGGAACUCGCUUUUCUAAAGAGACGCUCAAGAUUCUUAAAGACUGGCUUUCCUCUCACAACGAUCAUCCCUACCUUGACGACGAAGACAGGGAGAUGCUACAGCGUCAGACAGGCCUUAACAAAACCCAAAUCUCAAAUUGGCUCACCAAUGCUCGCCGUAGACGCAAGGUACAACGACCCAGGUCUACCUCACCUUAUGUCCGCAACACAUGGACUGGCCCUAUAGACAUUCCCCGGCGUCCCGACACACCUGCGUUCAAGAACAAUACAGACAGCAUGAAUCCCCUCGAGCGUUGGGUGGAUUCACCUCCAGAGAACGAACCCGCUUCGGUCACCGCUAUCGCUCGUGCUGUCGCCUCGAACUCACAUGCUUCCUCUGGACAGAACAGUCCACGCUCCUUGGCUUCCACCGAUGACGGAUCCAACCCUUCACUUUACAACGUCUCCUCGGCGAGCAGUGCUGGCACUUCGAGUGGUGCCUCCUUCGGUUCCAUGACAAGACAGCGUGGCCGCCGCCGAAGGAGACCUGUUGUUAAGCGCAAAGAGAAAGCCUACUCAGCCGUGGCCCUCAAGAAAUUCCAAUGUACAUUCUGCACAGAUACCUUUGGGACCAAGUAUGACUGGCAGAGGCAUGAGAAGUCUCUGCACCUCUCUCUGGAACGAUGGAUGUGUGCCCCUAAAGGUCCUCGGGUCCCGGAUCCCCAGAGUAACCAGAUCUGCUGUGCCUUCUGCGGCGAAGUUGAGCCUAGCGAUGAUCAUAUCGAAAGCCAUAACGUCUUGGCCUGCAUGGAGAGGAGGCCUGAAGACAGGACGUUUUAUCGCAAGGAUCACCUGAAUCAACACCUAAGGCUUAUGCAUAACGUCAAAUUCCUCGACUGGAGCAUGAAGUCCUGGAAGGUCACUGGUCCUGAUAUCCGAUCGCGCUGCGGGUUUUGCGGUAUCUCAAUGUCUAGUUGGUCCAUUCGAGUGGACCAUCUCGCGGAACACUUCAGGAAGGACGAUACGAUGGCUUCUUGGAGGGGAGAUUGGGGCUUCGACCCUCCAGUGCUCAAGAUGGUUGAAAAUUUCAUUCCUCCGUAUCUGAUCGAGAAUGACCGCCGCUCUCCGUUCCCUUAUAUCGCAACCGCCGCGAAAGCCGAGACGCCCGAGAGCUCGUAUGAGUUGAUGAAUCCGGAGGCUCGACGCCGGGAGUUGAAUGAGAUAGCACGGAAGCAUCCCUGCUCUGAAAUAGUUACAGGAAAAGCGGGAGCCUUCUUCUUGACCGAUGUCAACUGUUACCGACGCCUAAAUCGCGAGUUGACUCGCUGGGUCACUUCCAUCAUGUCGCUCAAUAAUCCGAACUGUCAUGUACCCACCGAUGCCGAGAUUCAGCAUCAGGCUCGGUGCAUAAUCUUCGAUGACGACGACCCAUGGAACCAGACUGCUGCUGACAACGCCGAGUGGCUGCUACGAUUCAAGCGUGAUGUUGGUAUCUUGCCUUCGGGGCCUGGCCUCCCGCUGGACAUCAAUUCCUGGAGCAUCAUCGACGGCGGCACAGGUUUCGCACCUCCAUUCGCCUUCCCCCACAAGAAGCUGCUGCACGCUACUUCAUCCUCACCGACCUCGUCCAGCGCAGCCACGACGUCUCACAGCUCCGACAAGGUUGAAAUAUUCGUCGGGAAUGACGAAGCGCCCUUCGAGACAAACCAGGCUUUGCUGGACGGAUAUAUCGAGACCUUUGCAUCGCGCUACGAUCGCCCCGCCACAGUGUUUUGCUCACGGGAGCUCGAAAACGGUCUCGUGGACUUUUGCCAGGCAGAGAUGGCACGUGGCGCUGGGUUCCCUUCUGACGAGGCCCUCAAGCUGCGCGGCCGCGAGAUUCUUGGCACAGAGAAGACAUCUGCAGAUGAUCCAAGUCUUCUUGAAAAGUUCAAGGCGUGGAUGUUCAGUCAAUGGCAACAGGAGCAGACCAUAUCCUUGGAUAUGCCACCUGAUCCUGACAUGGGCCUGACCACCGCGGAGAUAGAUAGCAUUCUUGCUGAUGUAAACUUUGAUAUGACGUUGUGA